UUCAGCUGUUAGUGUGACGAGGAUGAAAACUGAGUCUGAACCUGGUGUGUCGUAGUGUGGGCGUGGCCUGAGCUGCUGUGUGUCUUACAGGUGGCUCCUGAAAACAGAGAUGGGCUCCUUCAUCACCGAAUACUUCCAGAACCAGCUGCUGACCCGAGGUCUGUCUGACGUCCUGGAUCAGAUCCUCCUCCACUCUGGUGACGAACGUCUCGUCGCUCUGGGAAACAUGUGGGACAGAUUCUUCACAGAGACGCUCCCCACCCUGCAGGCCAUCUUCUACCCGGUCCAGGGUCAGGAGCUGACUGUCAGGCAGAUGGUUCUUCUGGCCUUCAGAGACCUGGUGCUGUUGAAGCUCCACCUGGAGGAAACUCUGGGAACUGCUGCCUCUGUCCCCCCACCUGUGACUCAGAUGCUGCUGGUGCUGCAGGGAAUCCAUGAGUCUGGUACUCCCAGUCUGGAGUAUUACCAGCUGGAGCAUCUGGUGGAGGUCGUUGUGUGUCCGUAUGUCAGCAAUGUGCUGCACAACACCAACCAUCUGCUGUUAGAGUCACGUCAUCUGCGGUCGUCUGGGUCGUUGCUAGGUGACCAGCCAGAGAUCACCAUCACUCAGCAUCACAGCUCCUCCGACUCGUCGUCUCUGGCCCCUCUGGUGGAGCAGGAGGGCGAGGCCUACCUGGAGAAGGUCGGAGGCUUGCGGCGUCACACGGUGGCCAACGCACACUCAGACGUGCGGCUGCUGUCGGCCUCAGGCAGGAUACACGCCGGAACAAAGAGGAACAACGGGGUGGGAGGUGGGGCCGGUGGUGUGAGGUUCUUGGUGGGGGACGAGCCGAUGAGUCCCAGGCCCUUCUCCAGCCCACAAGACAUGGAGUCUCCGAGGGGCGGAGUUAUGUGCCUUCCUGAUAGCUAACGGACCAAUCGCAGUCAGACAUUAUAUGAUCGUAAAGACAAAGGAUUGGGAAGAAACCGUGGAACAGGAAACGGGAAGGAGGAACUUGUGUCACUCCUCGUCACUUGGUUCGGUGGAACUGAUCCAGGAUCAGACUCUCGACCUGUUUUACAAACCUCUGAAUAAUAAAGAUCAUGAAUGAAA